AUGGGGUUCACUUUCACGAUGAGCUUGAACUUGCUCCUCCUACUAGCCAUGGUGGCCACGAACCUCCUCUCCUUGUACCACCUCUCCUCAAAUCUCCAGUCCCCACUCACCGCAACCUCCCAGCCGGUCCCCGACCACCUCCUCCGCCAGCUCAACACCAUACGCGCCACCAUCAACCACCUCACCCGCCACCAGCCUUCCUCCUCCGCCACCACCGACACCGACGAAUCCAAGCCGACAAUCCCGCCGGAUCUGCUCCUCUACGCGAGCCUCUCCCCAAUCGCCUCCGCCUGCAACAACCACCCGGACCUCCUCCACAAGUACAUGACCUACACUCCUUACUCCGCCUGCCCGCCCGAUUCCGAUCUCGCCGAAUCCCUAAUCCUCCGCGGCUGCCACCCGCUCCCGCGCCGCCGCUGCUUCUCCAAAACCCCCUCGAAGCCGCCUUCCUCCCUGCCGCGCAACCCGUUCCCUUCCUCCCUCCUCGACUCCAACGUGCUCUGGGGGAAGUACAGCUGCAAGUCGUUCGCCUGCCUGGCGAAGGAGAAUCCGAACCUAGGGUUCGAUCUGGGGACCGAGAUCUCGAAAUUCAUGACCUACAAGACCGAGCUCGACCUCCCGAUCCCGCAGCUGAUCCAGAUCUCCAAGACCGCCAGCUCCCCGAUCCGGCUGGGGAUCGACGUCGGGGGAGGGACGGGGACCUUCGCGGCGAGGAUGAAGCAGUACAACGUGACGGUGGUGACGACGACGAUGAACUUCAACGUGCCGAACAGCGAGGUGGUGGCGAUGAGGGGGCUGGUGCCGCUCCACGCGCCGCUGCAGCAGCGGCUGCCGGUGUUCGACGGGGUGCUGGAUCUGGUGCGGUGCGGGCGGGCGGUGAACCGGUGGAUCCCGCUGGCGGCGAUGGAGUUCCUGCUGUAUGACGUGGACAGAGUGCUGAGGAGCGGCGGUUACCUCUGGAUCGAUCAUUUCUUCAGCAAAGGUGCGGAUCUGAGUAAGGUCUAUGGGCCGUUGAUCGGAAAGUUGGGUUACAAGAAGGUGAAGUGGGCCGUCGCCAACAAGACCGAUUCCAGUGGGUUGAAGAAUGGGGAAGUUUACUUGACCGCACUUCUGCAGAAGCCGCUGUUCAGAUCGGGGCUAUAG